AUGGUGGCACUGGGAAUGGGUCAACUUGUUGCCCUCACUCUUCUUGUUUGGUUCCAAACCCACUAUGGCAUGGACAUUGGUUUUGCUGUUUCUGCUGCUGCCAUGGCUCUGGGGCUUGUUAGCUUCAUGUGUGGAACUUUGUUUUAUAGGAAUAGGACUCCACAAGGCACCAUCCUCACUCCCAUUGCUCAAAACCUUCCAGAUUCCUCCAGCUUUCCUCCAAAGCAUCCUUACAUGUUUCUCAUUCUCUUGGUCCCUCUCUAUGACACUUUCUUCGUCCCUUUUGCCAGAAAACUCACAGGCAAUGACUCUGGUAUCUCCCCUUUAACCAGAAUAGGGUCUGGCCUCUUUGUAGCUACUUUUUCCAUGGUCUCAUCAUCUUUAAUGGAGAAAAAGAGAAGAGAUCAAGCUCUGAACUUCAACCAAAAGCUUCACAUUCUUUGGAUUACACCAGAGUUUUUGAUUUUUGGCUUGUCUGAGAUGUUUACAGCAGUGGGACUCAUUGAGUUCUUUCACAAUUACAGUCCAACAUGA